AUCGCACACGCGCGCGCGCGUCUAGAAUGAGAGAAUAGUACCUUAGUUUAGUUAGUAUAUUAAUUUACCUUAUCGCGUUUUGCUCAGAAAAAUGUACCUGCUGUUUACAUGUUACGUUAUAAAACAGGAUUUUUAAUUUUAAUUUAAUACAAAGUAAAGAGGAACCGAAAUGUGCACUGUUUUUGAAUUUGGCCAGGAACGACAUUAGGCUAACCCGCUACUGUAUAUGCAAUGUUUUUGUUUAACCUUGAAAAAAUGUCGAUUGUUUGUUUACCGGCCUGUUGACAUCCAUGCGGUGGUAAAAUAUGGACUUGUUUUACAAUUCAAAUAAACUGGUUUCAGGUCAAACCUUGGAUUUCAGGGUGGAAGCAGGUUGAUUAUGUAAUUACUUUUUGAAAAGUAAGAGUAGCCGGGAAACAUGAAGUCUUUCAUUAAUUAUCCUGAUAAUUCUGAUUUUCCUCUAGAAAAUUUACCGUAUGGAGUGUUUACAACUUCCAAACAUGCUGUCCCUCGUAUUGGUGUCGCCAUAGGCAACCAGAUCCUGGACCUCAGCGAGGUCAGCCACCUGUUCAUAGGUCCAGAGCUCAAACCACACCAGCAUGUCUUCAGAGAGGCAACCCUGAACAGCUUCAUGUCCCUGGGGCGCGCCGCGUGGAUAGAGGCACGCAGCACGCUGCAGGCACUUCUGUCUGCUGAUGACUGCACGUUGCAGCAGGAUGCCCCAUUGAGGGCCAGGGCCUUUGUUGCUCAGUCGGAGGCCAAAAUGCACGUCCCAGCUCACAUCGGAGACUACACAGACUUCUACUCCUCCAUCCACCACGCUACCAAUGUGGGCACCAUGUUCAGAGGACCAAAAGAUGCGCUGAUGCCCAACUGGAAGCACAUCCCGGUGGGCUACCACGGCCGUGCAUCCUCCGUGGUGGUGUCCGGUACACCCAUACGUCGCCCCAACGGCCAGACAUGCCCGGUGGAGGGGGCGGACCCCGUGUUUGGGCCCUGCCGCCUCAUGGACUUUGAGCUGGAGGUGGCGUUCUUCGUGGGGGGGCCGCCGACCUCGCUGGGGCAACCGGUGCCAAUCUCGCAGGCACAGGACCACAUCUUUGGCAUGGUCCUCAUGAACGACUGGAGCGCCAGGGACAUACAGAAGUGGGAGUACGUGCCGCUUGGUCCGUUCCUCAGCAAGAGCCUGGGCACGACUAUCUCUCCAUGGGUAGUGUCCAUGGAGGCCCUUCUGCCCUUCGCCGUCGACAACAUGGAGCAGGACCCCCGCCCCUUUCCCUACCUGCGGCACGACGACAAGUUCAACUUCAACAUCAACCUCACCGUCGACAUCAAGUCGGAGGACUCGGUGCAGACGACGGUGUCCCGCUCCAACUACAGGUACAUGUACUGGACGCCCAAGCAGCAGCUCGCUCACCACACGGUCACCGGCUGCAACCUCAACCCUGGGGACCUCAUGGCCUCCGGCACCAUCAGCGGCCCGGCAUCCGACUCGUUUGGCUCAAUGCUGGAGCUAAGCUGGAAGGGCACGCGACCUGUACAUCUCCUGGACGGUAGCUCCCGCAAGUUCCUGCAGGACGGUGAUGAGGUCAUCAUCAGAGGCUACUGUGAAGGAGAUGGUUUCCGUGUGGGGUUCGGCACUUGCUCCGGCAAGCUACUCCCUGCCAUAUCCAUGUGAAGACACGUCAAGUGCACUUAUCGGCGGCUUACAUCUCGACUCACUCUCCUCUUCAUGGUCUAAUUUCAUUCCUUCUUCCAUUGCACGUACGUGCACAUUUCAUUCCUUCUUCCAUUGCACGUACGUGCACAUUUACAUGUUUGCAGGAGAAUGUUUUCUGUACACUGCAUCGCAGGAUGCCAGUACCUACUCUAAGUGGCAUUUUGAAACUGGUAACUACAGAGUGGCUUAUUUUAUUCUGUGCCGAAACCAGUGGCCUAUCCUCUGUAUGAUUGCAGUAAGUGGUGAGUACACUUUUCUGCAGAUGAGCUUUAAAACAGUUUAUUGUCAUGUGGCGUAGGGAACUCACUAUUAGCCUGCACGACAAUGGCACAAGUGCUCUGAAAGUGAUGUGGAUCGGCCUCUUGCCAACGUCACGAUGCCUGUUGCUGCACACACUGGAGUGUGGCACUCAGACGUUUGAAAUUUGUCUUUGUGCCAAUUUGGACAGUAUCUUCUCAACGCAAAUGAAGUGCCAUCAGUAAUACUAUCCAAAAUAUAUCACUGGUCUUGUUAUGUUACUACAUUAAUUUUUUGUGUAAUUUAGUGUCCUGUCCUAUGUAUGUUUCUUUCUAUCACCUAUAAUUCUCAUUAUUUAGUACUGGUUCGUUGAUAGCAUUUUGACACUCUAGGAUAACUGUUGCAGAAUGACAGAUACAAAAAAAUUUUAAUGGAACUUGUUGAUCAUUCUCCAGCAGGUUGCACUGUAAAUACAUGACAUACAAUUCAAGAGGUUCGUUCUGCAUUGUUUUUUAUGGCAGUUUCCAUGUGAUGUUUUACUAAAGUUUUAAUAAUGUUAUUUUUUUUAUGUUUUUAAUUGCUAAGACAUACUUAUGUACAAAUUUAAACAAAAAGUAAUCUGGAUGAUUAUAUUAUUUUUGACCAUAAGUUUUUAUUAUUAUUUUUUAUUAUAAUUAUUAAUGGAGCUAUAAUAUGUUGCUCAAAAUUUUUAUGCAUUUUUGUACUAUGUAGGUAUAUUUCUUUUUCAUGGAUACGUAAUAUACAUAUAUUGUAUAUGGUAAUGGCUUGUAUAUGUGGAAAUAUAAUUUUUAUCAAAUAGCA